AUGACCUGGGUUGUGUGCCCCGACCCAAUUCCACAUAUUGAUGAGCUGCUAGGUUAUUUGCCCAUCCCCUCUGUAGUCCCUUCCCUCUGCAGCUCUCCUCUCCCCACGCGCGGUCCCGUGGACGGCGGCGGCGGCGGCUGCGCUCCGAUCUUCCGCCUCAAACGGCCAGCGCUGUAUCCGCAGAGCCGCUCCGAUAGCACCUACACCUACACCAGGCCCGCUCAACUUCUGUUCCCUGUUGGCUGUAUCCAUUGUCAGCUGAAGCAAACGGCUCUGGGCGAAGGCUGUGUUGGUGCUACAGCGGCGGGCUACUCUGCUGCUAUCUUGGAGUACCUGACUGCUGAAGUUCUGGAGCUGGCUGGGAACGCGAGCAAGGAUCUGAAGGUGAAGCGUAUCACCCAUCACCAUCUUCAGCUGGCCAUCCAUGGAGAUGAAGAGCUGGAUACCCUCAUCAAGGGUACCAUUGCUAGUGGGGGUGUGAUCCCGCACAUCCACAUGUCCCUGAUCAAAGUUAUCCGUCCAGUUGUCUUGAAGUAACACAGGACAUUUGCUAUUUCUGUAAGGAGUGUGAGAAUCCUUGUAAGAGUGAUGACAUCUCCUAGGCACGAAAGUGACUUGUUAAUAUGCCCAGCCUCCUUCAAUCUGCCCCUGUGUUUCUGGCUUGCAACCCUCUCACUUCCCGCAAGAUCUACCAAAUGCAUACAGCUGCAGCAUCCUGACAUGUUCUUCGCAUUUACAUGGACAAUCAAGAUAUUGCAAGAAAACAUAGAAAAUCAGUAGCAGCAAAUACUGAAAGGGCAUCAAAUAACAAUGAUCACUAGCUAGGCAGAUAAUGCUCAUGCAUACCUGGGAUCGACUGCUUCCAUCGUACAUUGUUGUUGGUCCAGAAGCAUGGUGCUUUUCAUUCAACAACACCAAAUUCAUAACAUCAGAAGGGGACUGAACUGAGCACAUCUUUGCAUCUGGGAUGUUGAACAAACCAUUGGUUGAAGUCUAGCUGUCACUGGGCUUGCAGAGGGAAGAGCACGCAGGAAGUCAAAUCCUGGGCCCCAACAGGUGAUGCCAUACAAGGAACUAUGAAGCUCACAGGGAGUGGCUGUCAAGGGUAGUUUCAGGCGAGCUGCUCUUA